AGUGAAGAUGUCCGGCAGCGACCCUGAGUGCCCCCAGUUCCUCUUCGUGAAGGUGCUGGCGAGCCGGGGGCGGCUGGAGGCAGUGACCCAGCAGAUGGGCUACCACCCACAGUACCUGGACAGCUUCCUCAAGAUGCAGCACUACCUGAUGCACAUGGAUGGCCCCCUGCCCUUUGACUGCCGGCACUACAUCGCCAUCAUGGCGGCUGCCCGGCACCAGUGCCGGUACCUGGUGAACCUGCACGUGCUGCAGUUCCUGCGGGCAGGGGGUGACCCCCAGUGGCUGCGCGGCCUCGAAUUCAUCCCCCCCAAACUCCGCAACCUCAACGAGAUCAACAAGAUCCUGGCACACCGGCCCUGGCUCAUCACCAAGGAGCACAUUGAGAAGCUGCUGAAGAUCAGCGAGUGGAGCUGGUCGCUGGCGGAGCUGGUGCACGCCGUCGUCCUCCUGGCACACUGCCACGCGCUCGCCAGCUUUGUCUUCGGCUGUGGCUGUGAGCAGGACGAGGGGCUGGGGGGCCGAGGCUCCCUGAAGCCCCUGUCACUCGGGAACCAGUGCUUCUGCGAAGCCACCGCCGGCAACAGCUGCAGCCAGGAGCUGCUGCGCAUCAACCGCAAGCGGUCCCUGGACUCCUGCAUGGAGCUGGAUUCCCUCCGGGAGCGCAUGCAGCGGAUCCAUGUGGAGACCGAGGGCAGGGAGGAGAUGAGGCUGCUGCAGCUGGAGCGAGAGGAAGGGCUCUCCCUUCUUGCAGAUCCUGAUGGAGAAGUCACUGGUGCCACCAACCUCGCAUGCUACAUGCAGGACCCUGACUUUGGAUACCAGGAUUUUGCCCGGCGCGAUGAGGAUCAGACGCAGGUAUUCAGAGUCCAGGAUUAUUCCUGGGAAGACCAUGGCUUCUCACUGGUCAACCGGCUCUACUCUGACAUUGGGCAUCUCCUGGAUGAGAAGUUCAGGAUGGUGGAUGGUCUGCAAAGCAGUGCCAUGGCCAAGCGGCAGGGCUGUGAGCCCUCUGUUUUCAAGCGGGGCAUCUGGAACUACAUCCACUGCAUGUUUGGCAUUAGGUACGAUGAUUAUGACUAUGCAGAAGUGAAUCAGCUCCUGGAGCGAAUGCUCAAAGUUUACAUUAAAACUGUAACCUGCUACCCAGAGAAGACAAACUCAGAAAUGUUUGACAGGUUCUGGAAGCAGUUCAAGCACAGUGAAAAGGUCCACGUGAACCUGCUCAUCCUGGAGGCCCGGAUGCAGGCAGAGCUGCUGUAUGCAUUGCAGGCCAUCACCCAGUACAUGAUCUCCUAGACAGCGGGGGCUGCGCUGCGGCAGGGCCAGGCAGCGUCCUCGCUCCCUGAACUCCUGCGGGACCCGUCACGCUGGGACCGGCAGCGAGGGAUUUCUCAAUUUAGUUUACUUGACUGUCUUGUUCCUUUUUGUUGGUUUUCCCCCCCUGCCUUGUGGGGCUCACUGAGUGGCCCCGUUACGUGCAAUUACCAAACUGUGAGGCAAGUCCGUGCUGCUGAGAUGCUGGAGACUUGAACGUGUCCAAGGAGGACUGCCAAAAACAUGGGGAGAGAGGGAAGCAAUAGGGGACUGGGGCCAAAUUAGAGGGAUUCUCUCCCACGAGCAGAAGCUCCUUGCCUGGGUGCUGUGGGAGCCUGGGUGCCACAGGGAGGGCAGAGAGGAAAGCUGGCUUCCUUCCCUGUGCUGCAGUGGCUGCCCUGCUUGCAAAGCCACCCUUGGGCACUUGUCCUCACUGGGGUGAUGUCUCUCACUUGGGAACAGCAUGGGCAUGGUGCGGGUGUGUUGCAAUGUCCUGAGUUGCGUGGUUAGGCAGCAAGAAAUGCUGGCUCCCAGCAAGGGCCCCUCUCCAGCCCAGGACAGCAAUGGGAUGCACUUGCUGCCUGCACGUAAUAUCCUUUAGGUCCAUGUGCCAAACCCCUCUGGGAUGAACAAGAGAUGACCCAAGGCAAACUCCAAACUGUGAAGCUCUUGCUGGCAGAGUGUCCUAAUGCUUUGCCUUCUCCAACAGCAGGGUGAGAAGGUCUCUGACAGUGUUCAGGCACUGCGGGUUUCUGCAGGGGACUUUGGGCAGUCCUAAGCCCCUCCUCUGCCUCCCAUCAGCACAGAGGCAGGAACAAGGAAGGCUUCCUGAGUUAAUGAGGUUUGUAUCUUCUUAACACCAUGAGAGGGCUGAGGUCCUGUGCCCAGUCACUUGCUGCUUGAGAGCAUGGUGGAGGAGCCUGUGGUCACAGCACAGGUAAGCUACAGGAAGCUUCUCCUUGAUCCUGGGCUGGGAGGGACUCCCUGGGCUGCCCCCAUUUGAACAGAGGCAGCCUGUCCACCAGCCCUGCGCUCUGCCUGGGGGGCAGAAGCUGCACCAUCGCUCCCCUUGUGUCCCUGGGCUGCUCCCUGGCCAUGCCACAGCCCCUGGCUGAGGAAGUAUGAGGGAUCCAGUGCAGGCUCUGGAGAGCAGCCACAAAAGGGGGAUGAAGCCACCUGUUGUAAGUGGGAGCCUGAAGCAAGGGCAGCUGUCGAGUCAGCCAGCGCACGCUGCUUCAGUCGGCCUGUUUACUGCGUAAAUGUACGGGGAGAAAACCUUGUGUAUGGAAGCUACAGAAAAAGCCUAUUUUUGCUAUAAAUAUA